UUCUUAUUCUUGCUUUAGCAAAUACAAAUAGUAUAUGACAAUUACAUGUGCUCAUUUUUUAUUUUUUUAGUAAGUGUGGUAAUUGUUGAAAAUGAUGUCAUGGAUCUCCUGAUAGGGAGAUUUUGUCAAGAUACAAGGGACAAUAGUAUUAAAGUAGGGAACAAAAGUGUACGGAAGUGUGUGCUUGUGUCAGAUGUGAGCUUGAAAAAGGGGCGGCCAGAUGCAGAUAUCUCUGCAGGUAAUAUAUUCAGGAAUGUAAGAUCUUAAAGCUUUCAUCUCUAUCCCUUCACCUGCCUUUCCGUUCUUAUUUACCACUUUCCCAAGAUCAAAACCACAGCGAUGUUAAGUGCUGUAAUGGCUCCUCUGAUUGGUGACACCACCACCACCGCCACUGCGGCACGGUCCACAGCUGAGCGCAGAGCGCCGGCAGCGGUAUUUACGGUAUCGAAGACCCGCACGCGAGGUGUCUUGGGGACCGGCCCGGGCGGCGAUAUUUACGGUAACUAGAGUUGGAUCUGGCGGCGAUAUUUACAGUAAUGUGGACUAGCCAAGACUGACGUAUUUACGGUCACGGGAGACGACCGUUGCGGCCGUAUUUACGGUAAAGAGAGCCGUUUGGGUGGCGGUAUAUACGGUAACGGGGGCUGGCCUGGGAGGCUGUAUUUACGGUAAAAAGGGCCGGGCUCGCGGAGGUCCGUCAGCUGGGCCGGCUCUCCGCCUGAUCAGGUGAUCUCCAUCCCCGGCAGCCGCCACCCCGUGCGCCCAGCGGAAAAUGCAAAAUGGCCCUUCAGGGCAGUGAGGGGCCGUGGCCCUUGGUUCGGGCCGGCCGCAACCCCACCGUGGGUCCAGGUGCAGUCCACUCCCGCCUCGGAGCUGGGGCCCUGGCGUGAGCCCGGCGCCAGUCGUCCCCGCGUCCCGCCGCGUUCCUCGCGCCCGCGCCGCGCCCACAUGGGUCUGUGUUACAGUCUGCGACCGCUGCUCUUUGGAGAUCCGCAGGAUACCGCCUGCGCGGGCUCGGAACCGCCCGCGGAGGGCGCGUGGCAGGGCCUGGCCCCGGCCUCGGCCCCGGCGGCUGGGGGAGAUGCGGCGGGGAUCCCGCUCCCAACGGGCGCCGGCGGGAGCCUGGCGUGCGCGCGGCCCAAAGGCUCCCCGAAGAAAGAGGGGCGGCGACGCCCGGACCAGCUGCGCGCUGAAGAGCGCGAGGCCGAGCGGGAGGCGAGGAAAGUCAGCAGGGGCAUCGACCGCAUGCUCCGGGAGCAGAAGCGAGAUCUGCAGCAGACGCACCGGCUCCUGCUGCUGGGGGCUGGUGAAUCUGGGAAAAGCACUAUCGUCAAACAAAUGAGGAUCCUGCACGUCAAUGGAUUUAAUCCUGAGGAAAAGAAGCAGAAAAUUCUGGACAUCCGGAAAAAUGUUAAAGAUGCUAUUGUGACAAUUAUUUCAGCGAUGAGUACUAUAAUACCUCCAGUUCCACUGGCCAACCCUGAAAACCAAUUUCGAUCAGACUAUAUCAAGAGUAUAGCCCCUAUCACUGACUUUGAAUAUUCCCAGGAAUUCUUUGAUCAUGUGAAGAAACUUUGGGAUGAUGAAGGCGUGAAGGCGUGCUUUGAGAGGUCCAAUGAAUACCAGCUGAUCGACUGCGCACAGUACUUUCUGGAAAGAAUCGACAGUGUCAGCUUGGUGGACUACACCCCCACUGACCAGGACCUUCUCAGAUGCAGAGUUCUGACUUCAGGGAUUUUUGAGACACGAUUCCAAGUGGACAAAGUAAACUUUCACAUGUUUGAUGUCGGUGGCCAGAGGGAUGAGAGAAGAAAAUGGAUCCAGUGCUUUAACGACGUCACCGCUAUCAUUUACGUCGCCGCCUGCAGUAGCUACAACAUGGUGAUUCGGGAAGAUAACAACACCAACAGGCUGAGAGAGUCCCUGGACCUUUUCGAAAGCAUCUGGAACAACAGGUGGUUACGGACCAUUUCUAUCAUUUUGUUCUUGAACAAACAAGAUAUGCUGGCAGAAAAAGUCUUGGCAGGAAAAUCAAAAAUUGAAGAUUAUUUCCCAGAGUAUGCAAAUUAUACUGUUCCUGAAGAUGCAACACCAGAUGCAGGAGAAGAUCCCAAAGUUACAAGAGCCAAGUUCUUUAUCCGGGAUCUGUUUUUGAGGAUCAGCACGGCAACAGGGGACGGCAAACACUACUGCUACCCGCACUUCACCUGCGCUGUAGACACGGAGAACAUCCGCAGGGUGUUCAACGACUGCCGCGACAUAAUCCAGAGGAUGCACCUCAAACAGUACGAACUCUUGUGAGGCGGCCCUGGGCCGCUGGGCGCGCCUUCUCGCGCCUUC